ACUAGGCUUAAACAAUGAAUAUACAACCAAUAAAAAGUAAAAUUUUUAAUAAAAAAAUCAAGGCAGUAGAUCUAACGGUUAAAAGAGGAAAACCUAAUCUGCAAGCUUCCAUCACCACCGCCAUUGGUAGCUCUAUAUGUUUCCGGUUCCCUCAACAAAUUGAGAAGAAAAACCGACAUCGAUAUUUUCCGUAGCAAGGCGCAUCAGCUGCUUGCUCUGCCCAUCUCCAGUUCCGAAGAACUGUAGCAGCAGACCUCUUCCAAAUUCGCUCCUUGUAGAUCUUCGCUGCUCCAAAAUCCCGAUGUCGGUCAGCCUUCGCAAGGGAAACACCCGACUUCCGCCGGAGGUGAACCGCGUGCUCUACGUUCGCAACCUCCCGUUCAACAUCUCGAGCGAGGAGAUGUACGAUAUCUUCGGCAAGUUCGGAGCCAUUCGCCAGAUCCGGAUCGGCACAAACAAGGACACGAGAGGCACCGCUUUCGUGGUCUACGAGGACAUCUACGACGCCAAGACGGCGGUGGAUCACCUCUCUGGUUUCAACGUCGCCAAUAGAUACCUCAUCGUUCUGUAUUACCAGCAGGCCAAGAUGAGCAAGAAGUUUGAUCAGAAGAAGAAGGAAGAUGAGAUUGUCAAGAUGCAGGAGAAAUACGGAGUGUCCACCAAAGAUAAGUAGACUGAAUUACUAACUCAAUUAGAUUAGAUAAUGAAUUCCGCUCUUGCUCGGAUGUAUUACUGCUGAAUUUCGGGUUUGCUCUAAUGUUCAGCUUGUGUGUUAUUGAAUUAACUAGUGAGAUUGUUGUCCCCUUUCUCUCAGCUUGUCUCUGUAGUUUUGAUGCUUAGUUUUUAACAUCGUUCACGGAGGAAUACGGAAUCGGAGAUGAGGUUGAAUGAAUCUGCUUGCUUGUUUCUUCAGGUUUACAUUGCAAGCCAGUUCGACUUAUUUGUGCACGAUUUUUGGGUCUGGCUAAUCUCAUCCGUAGUUUCCUAUUAAUUCUGAAAUACAGACAGAGUUGCUGCGUAGCUCUUUAUGCUUGCUGAACUUGUGGCAGUGGCUUGUGUAAUGCCCUCUUACUGCACUUUUAACUGAUUUUGGUGAACUGGUCUGGUUUUGCUUUAGGAUUGAUCUUGAGUUGUGGUGCCAGCCAGGAGUUCUUUGCUUUCGAAACGCAGCAAAGUAUUGCAUUAUGUUUCACUGUCUUGGUGUCGAUCAAUGUCAAAUGGCAUUUCGUCCCAAUAGAUGGUUUAUUCAGUGUCCAUACAAAGGCAUUUGUGGGAACUCCUCAUUUUGUCUCUACCCUAAGGCAGCAUGCCAUGAAGUCAUUUUUAGAACAAGCUGAACCCCCUGGUAAGUAUUGCUCUCCUUUGGUCAGCAAUGUUUCUUAUGGAUGCAGCAGUGAUCUCCUUUAGUUUGCUCAUCGCAACAACUGCCCAAAUCUAUAUUCUCUCUAUUAUUUUCAAGACGCGAACUACUAUGGACAAUUUCGGCUUGCAAGUGAUUUGGGGAAUACAAUUUCGACCUGACCUGCUUUACCUGACUGACAUGUUUGACCUGUUUUGGGAGGGUCCGACAAUCCAAUAGGUGGGUUGUGGCGGACAUGGGCACUCUCAUUGACCUGCCCUGUCCCGAUCUGUCCCGCAAUUACAAGUGAGUUUUUUUUAUCGUAGAUAGAUUGGUAAAUCACAUGUAAUCUUAGUCAAAUUAUUUAGAAUUUUUAUUUAAUUACAUAAAUUUUUAGCUAUAAUAAAUUUGUAAAUUAGUGAAAAAGUCAAUUACUCCAGUGAUUUAACUACAUUAAUCUUAUGGUUUGAUUCUUUUUAUAAAAGAAAUGUUCUCCUUCCACGCUUCAUGAUAAAUUACUUGAUCUAGACCAGACUUGCCAGAGGACGGGUAGGGAUAUCGAGUAUCCGUGCCAGACUUGUCCUAGGUAAACUGGACAAGGCGAGACCAAUGUUCGUCCCUGUGCGUUAGACAAGUCGAACCCAUGUGGUGAGCCGAAUUUUAUUUUAUGAGACCAAUGUUCGUCCUUGUGUGUUAGGCAAGUCGAACUCAUGUGGUGAGCUGAAUUUUAUUUUAUGGACCCUUCUCUAGCCUCCAUUGGAUAACUCAUUCAUUCCAUGUUUUGUGAUUGUGCCAUUUUCACUCAAGGGUCGUUUGGAUGGAAUUACUACUCGUAUUGUAACCACUUCCUUUCACAUAGCAUACAAGUACAUGUAGAUUUUAUAGGGCUUGGCCCAUAGGUUGUCUCGGCCCAUGUCAAGUACACCGAGAAAGGACUUCAUUGGGAACUCAGUUAGAGUUUCAUAGUUAGUCGAAAUUCAUGUAUAUACAUGUGUGUGUGACGAUGGAGAUAUAAGAAAACAAGAGAUACCGAGUCUUCUUGUUGACUUGUCUUGUCCAUCGUGAACAAGGAAAUCACAUAAAUCAUUGUGUCCAUUUCGCUUAUAUUUUGUUUAUCAGCUAGAGAGAAAGCACAAAUUCCCUAUAAGCUUUCUCCUGAUUCUUUUAGAGUUAAAACAUUAAUAGGGUAAAGAAAAAGGGUGGAAAAUAAUUGUGUAAACUUACCCUUCAAAUAGAAGUGAAAACUUAUGUUUUCUUAAUUUUAGUCCUCCGUUGUUUGUUGUCCUUUGUUUUUCUGUUUCUUCUCUUAACUUUUGUCCAUCGUUAGAAGCUUUUGGAAAUCUAGGGCAUGAACAGAUGAUUUAACCGAUGUUGGCAUGUCGGUCCUUUUCUUCUUGCAAUGAGUUGCACGUGGGCCAAGUAGCUCCUCCUUCAAUUCGUAAAGCGACGCUUGGUAGGAAAAUCUCUUGUGGGCCUUGGUUAAAGAUGGGUUGUUACACUACCUUCAUAAAAGAGGAAAGAAUAUACAUAGAAGAAUUGGGGAAGACUUGAUGUUGAGGAAGAUGGCUCCUCUCUUCUAGCUCCUCCUUCUCUUCUCCUUCUUUCAGCUUCUCCCUCUUCUUGUCUCUCUAACCAUAAAUUCUAUCUUAAAUGGGGGAAAGGGGUCUUCUAUUUAUAGCCUUUAGAGGAUGGAGAGGUUCGCGGCCGGAUCUUCCCCCGCCAAGUCGUGAUAUGCCGACGACGCUGUUUUGGCCUUCAGGCAUGAGGAAUUCGCGGGCUUACUUCACAGUUGUGAUCCGUGAAGUGCGGCCUCGAACUUCCUCGCAGUUAAUAUGAAAUGUGGUCGUGAACGAACUGGGAAAACUCUUUGUUUCUCCUCGUUGGCUUCUUCACAAAGUUCGCGCCCUCAACAUCCAAGAUCGUGGUCGCGAUCCUUUCGUUGAGUUCGCCGUCUUUGUUCUCGGUUGUGAUCUCCAUCUCUAGACACGAUCAUCAACAUUCUGCCCCUUUUUCUUCACUUGUGUCCUUUUAUGUACCUAAUUCGCAUGUAUUGUCUAAAGCACCCUAAUAUGAAGGGUAAAUAACACCAAUUUAGGUGUUAACAACAAUCGACGCUAUUCAGACGAUUAUGCACAUGAAUUUACACUAAAUAAACCCCAAUAUGAAGGGUAAAUAACACCAAUUUAGGUGUUAUCAAGCCAUGAUUAUGGCACACAUUUCAAAAAAUUUAGUGUUUCAAGCACAUGUUGAUGAAUGAUUGUCUUUUGGCCUACAUUGAGAGUUUUGGAACUAAAUUUUUGCCCAAAUUUUCAGAUUGAGUGUUCCAAACACCUUGUCAUGUGCAUUGUUCCUCACAUGGGCUACAUCAAGAAGUGGAUGUCGUUUUCGCCCUAGCCAGGAGGUAGAGCCCUUGUUUCGCGAAACUACAAGUGUGAUGCCAUGAGCAGCAAUGUAAGUUGAGGCUCGAAAGUUGAACCCUUUUACGUGGGAGCACCAACAUCGAGUCUAUUGAUUUCACGUGUCUUGGCUUCACCUGUUGGGAAGAUCCCAACUUAAGUUUGUGCUUCACAUCAAGGUGGUUGUAUGAUUUCUUGACUACGAUUCACCUCGUAAGUUGCUAGCUUCACCACUACCGGCGAUCUAAAUUGUAUAAAGUUGUGAGAGUCUAUCAUGUUGCACCUGUUUGAGCUAGGUUUGUUUGGGGAAGAGUAAACUAUUAACUGUGGCAGAGUUUGAUUCGGGCUUAAUUCUACAUAUUUACAUUCCUUCCCUUGAUGUUUGACUUGUGAUUAAUCGUUCUUUAAACCAUUCCAUGCUAGGUUGUGCUUGGUUUACUAUAUUUCAAGUCCUAGAAGGUGAAUAAGGCGAAAGGAAUGAUUAUCGGGCCAUUUGGAGUCAAAACCGGGACAAAGUGAAGAAGUUGUUGAAAGUCAAGGUUCGUAUAGUAGAAAUUCACGACCAGACUGUGACUUCCACAAAGAAGUCGUGAGAAUUACAAGGUUCUAAGAACCAAACUGUAGUUCGCGGGUGCUUGAAGAUGUCAAGGUUUCAAAUAUGACAUUUGCAACGAAACCCUAAGAUUUGUAAACGAAAUGGUGGACUUUAGUUUGACGUCACGAUUUCCCUAUUAUUGUCACUGUCGUUAUGUUCAACCUUGCCAUUUGACACUUUUGGGUAUAAAUAGGAGCUAAAGGCAUUUUUCAAAGGGAGCUAGUUUUAGAGAGAGACAGCGGCAGCUGCCUCUUAGAGUGAGAGUGACGAACAAGGAGCACUAGAUGGUGAUUCAAGGCUUCUGUUCCCAAUUGGAGGCAAGAUUUCCACCAAAGGAUUAAAGAUUGGGCACUAGGAGAAGAACCCAUCACUUUGAUGUUGAUUUCUCUUCUUGAGUUUGUGAUUUUUCCUCUUUCUCUCACUAUUGAGUAGAACCCAUAUUCACUUGGGUGGGUAGAACUCUAGGUAUAUAAUGAUUGAAUGAUUCCUCUGUUUGUACGAACUCUUGAUUAUAUAUUGAAUUGAGGUAUUUCAUGUAAUUGGUUUGGGUAUUGAUCGAACUCUCCUAUUUGUGCUAUUAACCAAUGGGAGAGAAUAUCCAAUUAGGUUGAUUAUAACACGUUCUCAAUUCUUUAUUGUGGGUUAAUUUAUCGAGCAUAAUAUAGGACUACAAUAUUG